AUGUUAAAGCCUAGGUGGAACGCGAAAAAAGGUCCUUCUUUGCCACUAUACUACAAGGACAAGCCGAAAAGAAGGUUACCAUUGUCGAAUCUCACCAACUUUAUGCACAGAUACACUCCACACUCAUCAAAGAUGAGGCUUCGGGCCAUUUUUGCUUUGACCGUCAUAUUUGUCGUUUACUACUUCCUAGCACCAUCGGCAUCACAAAGAAUGACCGGGGGAGCAUUUGGCAACGUCUGGGAUAAACGUAAGCUUGAGGUGAAGGAGGUUUUUCUUGAAUCAUGGAGGGAUUACUCGCGUCAUGCCUGGGGAAACGACAUUUAUCACCCGGUUACACAAACAGGCUCCAAUACGGGCACAACUCCGCUCGGGUGGAUCAUUGUCGAUUCUCUAGACACGUUGCACAUCAUGGGAUGUGAGGAGGAGUUCAACACGGCGAAAUCCUGGGUUCAAUACGAACUUGACUACGCGAAAUACGAUCGUCCUGUAAACACGUUUGAAACCACCAUUCGGAUGCUUGGUGGACUUCUUUCUGCCUACUAUCUCUCGGAAGAUGAGCUUUUUCUCGAAAAGGCAGUGGGGCUUGGUGAGCGGCUUCUUCCAGCUUUUAAUUCGCCAACUGGGAUUCCAUACAGUUCUGUGAAUCUCAAAACUGGAAAAGUCGUUCCAGCUUCAGACGGAGCCUCAACUGCAGAAAUGUCGACCUUGCAGCUUGAAUUCAAGUACUUGGCGUUGCUGACCGGCGAGAAUUUGUAUUGGGAGAAAGUCGAAAAAGCCAUGAAAGCUGUCGAUGCCGCACGUCCCGAGGCAGGACUCGCACCAAUCUACAUUGACCCAAUUAAGGGGAAAUUUAAGUCUUCAAACAUCCGUCUAGGAUCGAGGGGUGACUCUUAUUACGAGUACUUGCUUAAACAGUACCUUCAGACAGGAGAAGACAUCUAUUUGGACAUGUACAAGGAGAGUUUUGAGGGAAUCAACAAGUACCUGAUAAGCAAAUCGCACCCUAGUGGACUCACUUUCAUAGGCGAGCGCCCAGAAGGCAUUUCUGGUUCUAUGAGCAACAAGAUGGACCAUCUAGUGUGCUUUUUUGGCGGUCUUUUUGCUCUUGGUGCCACCGAUGGCAUUCCAAUCACUAAAAAGCCGCUUUCCGAGGACAAAUUCAGGCUUCGGCAGCUUAAAUUGGGCAAGGAACUUACCGAAACCUGCUAUCACAUGUAUCACGACGUCGAACCAACCGGAUUAUCGCCAGAAAUCGUGGUCUUCAACACGGAAACAACUGGAAUUAGGGAUUUCACGAUUAAGCAGGCAGACAGACACAAUUUACAGCGGCCUGAAACUGUUGAGACACUUUACUAUCUCUACAAGCUUACCGGAGAUGUGAAAUACAGAGAAUGGGGAUAUGAGAUAUUCCAGAGUUUCGCAAAAUGGACGAAAGUUCCUGUUGGAAAAGGUAAAGACGACAAUCCAAGAUACACAUCAUUAAACGAUGUGACGGUGGAUCCACCUACAUUAAGAGAUAAUAUGGAGUCUUUCUGGCUUGCAGAGACUUUGAAGUACCUCUACUUGUUGUUUGACGACACGGAGAAUGCAAAACUAAACCUUGGAAAGGCCAUUUUCAACACAGAGGCACAUCCAUUCCCUAAAUUGAACAUCAAGGGCUCGAGUUUCCACACAGGAUGGAGCAGAGAGGAGAACAGGAUAUUGUUGACGAAGGAGAAGGAAAAGCAAAGCGAGAGUGAGAAGAAAGGUAAAAGUUUGAAUGUGCAAGAGAGUGCAAAGGACACAAAGCAUGAAAAAGAAGACAAAGAAACGACAAUCAAGACUGGAAAAGUUGCCGAGGACAGUUCAAAGCUUGAUAGUGCUAAAGACACCAGCAAGGACACAAAUGAGCCUGUGGACGAUAGGAAUGUUGAGAUAAACAAGAAAGUGGCCGAGGAACUAAAGCAAAAACAUCAGUUACCACAGGCUAAACAUGAUGUUGCUCAGCCACUCGAUGAACAAGUCAGGGAGGUCAAUCAGGAAGUUGCAGCCGAAAUUCCUGAUGAUGCCGAGGUGGGGCAGCUGGAUAGGAAGCGGAAUAAUGGCUUAAACUGA